AUGGCGGCAGCGGCCAUGGCCGUUCAUCUCCCAAAACAUUCAUCGUUUCUUCCAAAACCCAAACUUCUGUUGGAUCAAAACUCUAACUUUCUCGUUGUGUCCUUAAAGUCCGGUCGAUCCAUGUCCGUUAACCGGAAAACUAAAGGUCCGGUGAUGGUUUCAGCUGCUUCAACGACGAGCAAGAACAUCGUUAAAGAUGGCGAUAGAAGCAAACAGUUUUAUAUAAACUUCACAGGAUUUCCAUUUCCUCUUGGUCCUUUCCUUAACCGCCGCACCAUCAGAACCGAGGCGGUUAAAGGUUGCAUAUGGAUGUUUGAACAAGAACAAGCUUUAGGGUUUAGCAGUGUGUCAACGAAUAUAAGAAUGACUGUCAUCAAACUCAAAUCCGGUGGUUUAUGGGUUCAUGCUCCUAUUGCUCCCACCAUAGAGUGUAUUCAGCUUAUUGAGGAGUUGGGAGCUCCGGUUGAGUACAUUGUCCUGCCAACUUUUGCUUAUGAGCACAAGAUUUUCGUCGGUCCGUUUUCUAGAAAGUUCCCCAAGGCACAAGUAUGGGUGGCACCUAGACAAUGGAGCUGGCCACUCAACUUACCACUCGAGUUUUUCGGUAUCUUUCGCGCUAAAACCAUUAAAGACGCAGACUUAUCUACCCCAUGGGCUGAUGAGAUCGAGCAGAAAGUCCUUAGCUCUCCUGAAGUUGGAAUUGGACCGUAUGUGGAAGUAGCGUUCUACCAUAAGCGUUCAAGAACUUUAUUAGUCACUGAUGCUGUGAUCUUCGUCCCAAGGAAGCCACCAUCAAGUAUCAGCAGCGAAUCUUUACUGGCUUCUGCUAAGAACGGACUCGCUGUGAAGAUACUUAGCAAAGGAAAACAAGUUCCUAAUGAUCCUGUCGUUGAUACCCCAAACACUCGUCAAAAAGGAUGGGAAAGAAUGGUACUGCAAAUCCUGUUUCUUGGCCCAUCUAAUCUCUUGGAACCAAACGCAAGCUUUGCACAAAUGUCUCAGAAACUCAUUGUUUCUCCCAUUGUUAAGACUUUGGUCUUUAGCAAAGUCCCUGAGAAGGUAAGGGAUUGGAUUGAUGAGAUAGCGAGUGACUGGAGAUUCAAGAGGAUAAUCCCAGCUCAUUUCGAGGCUCCAGUAAACGCAGGGAGGUCAGAGUUUCUAGCUGCGUUUGGGUUUCUUGAUGAUCUUCUAGGGGAAAGAUAUGUAAACCGUACUCCUUCGCUCUCUUUUCUCUUCACUUCGCUGAUGGGUAAAGCAGCAAGCUAUUUUCCUCCGGAUGAUAUGAGAACUCUCUCUUCUCUUGAUCAGUUCUUAGUCUCUGUUGGUGCUGUCAAAAAGACUGUCUCUGGUAGAAAAAAACUACGAUGA